AACAACAUGGCGUCUGUGAAGCCCGGUGCGUUCACUGACAGCAUGAUGUUUCCAACUGUGCCAUCUUUACUUGACACGUCAGUGAAGGUUGUGGUAUUGAAUCUUGCCAGUGGUAAUGACCUUGAACGUCUCCCUCUCCACAUCAAAGACAAAUGCCUGACUCUGAUGUGCAAGCGAGGGAUCAUAUCGGACUCAAACAUCACUGCUGUUCUUCAUAACAGGUUGCAGAAGUUGGACCUAAGCGAGUCGGAAGUCACAGAUGCUGGUCUGGCAAAGCUUUCCAAGUGUCCUCAACUCAAGAAGAUAGAUCUCAACUCUAUCAAGGAAUCAAGAACAGCUGUCACGACACAAGGCAUCACAGCCCUGUCCCAGUUCUGUCGUCAACUCCAAGUGGUGUACGUGCGUCGCUGUGUUAACCUUACAGACGAUGCUAUCAUUGCUUUGUCUCAGAACUGUCCUGAACUGAGGGACCUCAACAUUGGUGGCUGUCCCAACAUAACAGACCGCACACUCACAGCUCUCGGACAGUAUUCACAUUUUCUUAAGUCUCUCAACUUUUCAAGAGCCAGUAUAACAGAUGAUGGUGUCUUCAAUCUCGUGAAUGGAAUCUGUGCCAAAACAUUGAAGGAAAUCCACAUGGAUCACUGCAAGCAGCUGACAGAUGAGGCUGUGGAGGCUGUCACUCAGUUCUGUCCUCAAAUCAACAUCCUGCUGUUCCAUGGCUGUCCUCUCAUCACUGAACAAGCCAGGAUGGCCCUUGAAGAACUCACAGUUGGGAGGACGUCUCAGAUGAAGCAUGUCACAUGGACGAUAUACUGACCGCUGUGAACAGCUCCUGAUGUUGCUUAACAAUAGACUAUCAGCAGCUCCUGAUGUUGGCCACUGUGAACAACACUGUCAGCAGCUCCUGAUAUUACUCAUUGUUAACAACAGAAUGUCAGCAGCUCCUGAUGUUGGCCACUGUGAACAACACUGUCAGCAGCUCCUGAUAUUUCCCAUUGUUAACAACAGAAUGUCAGCAGCUCCUGAUGUUGCUCACUGUGAACGACAGACUGUCAACAGCUCCUGAUGUUGCUUAACAAUAGGCUGUCAACAGCUCCUGAUGUUGCUUAACAAUAGGCUGUCAACAGCUCCUGAUGUUGCUUAACAAUAGGCUGUCAACAGCUCCUGAUGUUGGCCACUGUAAACAACAAACUAUCAGCAGCUCCUGAUAUUGCCUACUGUUAACAACACUGCCAGUAGCUCCUGAUAUUGCUCACUGUGAACAACAGACUGUCAACAGCUCCUGAUAUUGCCCAUUGUCAACAACAGACUGUCACCAGCUCCUGAUAUUGCCCAUUGUCAACAACAGACUGUCAACAGCUCCUGAUAUUGCCCACUGUUAUCAACAAAUUGUCAGCAGCUCCUCAUAUUGCCCACUGUUAACAACACUGUCAGCAGCUCCUGAUAUUGCCCAUUGUUAACAACACUGCCAGUAGCUCCUGAUGUUGCUUAAAGAUAAGCUGCCAGCAGCUCCUGAUGUUGCUUAACAAUAGGCUGUCAGUAGCUUCUGAUGUUGGCUACUGUUAACAACACUGUCAGCUCUCCUGUUAUUGCUAAGCAAAGGCUAUCAACAGUUCCUGAUAUUGCCCACUAGUAAUAACAGACUGUCAGCAGCUCCUGAUAUUGCCCACUGUUAAUAACAGACUGUCAGCAGCUCUUGAUAUUGCUCACUGUAAGCGAUGCCCUGUCAACAGCUCCUUGCAGCUAAGUGACAGCUUGAUGAGAUAUCAAAAUAUUGAACCUUCAGAAUUCUGCCUUUUGCAAUUUGUCAGUUACAGUUUAUUACAAAUUACUGGCAUUACAUUAUUUGUUAUUUAUAUACCAUAAUGUAUUUUUCUAGGGAUUACUAGUACUCCCUAAUUUUAUGUUAACUUUGUGGAGUUAUAUCAUUUGUAUAUGAGUGUUCUGAAAGUAUGUUCAGUUGCAAAUCUUCCAUUUAAGGUCUACUUUCAACUUAUUUUUUUAUUGUAUGACAGUUGUUUAUUGUUGAAAAUUGUACAAACCAGAAUAAAACAUUAUGGUUCACUUGAAACUCACAUAUAUUUCUUUUCCAUGUACUAAAGUAUAUACUCUCUUGA